AUGAUGUCUCAGUCAUCAAUCAGUCCAGAGGAAUGGUUCAUAUGUGCUCAAUCUUCUAUUCUCUCUUGUCUUCUUGAACGACCUACAAAACAAACUGAUUCAAUUGAUGAUCCAGAUGAAAUUUUCGAUUCUGAUGAUAGUGAACCAUGUUCAACUAAUGACUAUUAUACAUACCGUAGUGCUUUAUUAAAACAACAACAUCGUAUUAAUCGGUUACAACGUUUUAUUAAACAUUGUUUUGCUUUAAAACAACGUGAAACAACUGUAAAACAUCGUGUGAAAAAUUCGUUACAUUUUCGUUUAACUGGACAAUUUAUCAAUCAUAACAAUGAUGGUGAUGAUGAUCAGGAUGAUGAUAAUAAUCAUGAUAAUGACUACAAUAGUGAUGAUAAUACUGAAGAUCAUGUUAUUGAUGAACAAUUAAAUGUUAACAAUAUUGACUAUGAUCCACACCGAUUGAAUCAUCUUCAUGAUGAUUGUAAAAAUUCUAUUAUAAAUGAAAGAAAAAUUAAUUCUAGUGAAUUAUUAUCAUCUAAAAAAUUAAAUCUAUCCAAUUUACAACCACAAUGGAUUUUACGACGUUUACAUUUAAAUCCAGAUUUUAUGGAUACAUGGUGGAGUAGUCAAUUGGAAUUAGAAUUCUAUGAAGCAUUGAAUAUAAUUCAUACAAAAUCUGAUAAACGCCAUACAACACAUACUAAUUUAAAAGAUUAUAUUGAAUUUCAUUCAACUGUUGUUGGUAAUAACAAUGUGGGUGAUGAUGUUGAUGAGGAUCAGGAUGAAGAGGAUGAAGAGGAGGAGGAUGGUGAAGAUGAUUAUAAUUUGACAAUUGAUGCUUUAGGCAAUCGUAAAUUGGCAUUUUUCGAAAAGGAUCGUCAAUGGACUUACAGUGAUAGUUAUGCAUGGAGACUUAUACGUUUAGGUUUAAUGCAAUUGGCUAAACGAGAGCUAAAUAGACUUAUACAAAUUAUUGAUUUCAAUGGAGAAGAUUUAGCUGUUCACGCACCAGGUUUAAUGACGUUAACACGUCUAGUUGAUCGUUGGUUAACUGGUUAUCGUUCAGAAUUAACUUCACCACCAGCAUUGUAUCCAGUUCAAUUAAAAUCACAACACAAAGAAUUUAUUAACGAACAUCUUCUACCACCGACAGAUUUUCUACCAGAUAUUCAAGAUGAUUUAUCCUCUUCUUCUAUUACACAAAUGACUACUGGAAUUAAAACUGGCAGUAAUUUGGGAACUGGUGCUGAAGUGUCAAAAUCAGAUUUGCCAACGCCCUGUGCAACGAGAUCAAUGUUACGUUUGAAAAAGUUGAUCAAUUUUAAAAAUACUCCAUUUCAAACACGUAAUCCAUUCUCAUUGCCUGUUAAACGUUUAUGGUGUUAUUUAGUUCGACAACCUGAAGUAGAUGAUAUAUUUUUACGUCAUAUAUUUCGUAAACCAUAUCUUAUACAAUCAAUUAUGACACCGAAUAUUCAAUUAACAUUAACAUCAUCAACAUCAUUAACACCAUCAACAGUUACUUUCACGUCAUCCGAAUAUAAUAACAAUGCAUCAGGUUUAAUCAAAUCUACAUCCUCAUCAAAUUUAAAAAAUAUUUCUACUGUUACUAUGACUGAUGCUCAAAAAUCUUCAGGAAAACAAACAAGAACACAACAACAACAACAACAAACUCAAUCUACUCAACAAUCUGUUUCCGGUUCUCUACUCUUUACUGAUGCUGUUCGUCUUAUUCACAAAGAACAUGAUCCACUUAUAGCUAUGUGUAUUAAUCAG